AGCCGCCGGACUUAGUGGUGUUUGUUUUGUUUUGCACCACAAACGUCGGUUUUCCCGUCAUUUUUAUGGUGGUGUGAAAUCUUCCUGAAGGCACUACUCUGUCCGCCAGUAGCUGUUCGAAAAGGGGCCCCACAGUGCGGCGUGCAGAACGGCGAUAAAGUUAGGUACCUUGUUGAUCGUCAUACAGGUGAAAGACAGAAGAACCACAAAAUGGGGAAGGUAAAGAAGCAACGUAAGAACAGAAGAAGCCGGGCGGCUCCGUAUGAGGUUGACGAGUCCAUGAUGGGAGAGGCUGAAGCCCCGAACCAGGCAAUCGACGACUCAGAGCUGGCUAAUCAGCCAAACAACGGAGUGGCCGGUGCAAACGAAAAUGCAGAAGAACCUGCGACAGGAGGACGGCAGAUCCAUAAGAGACAAGCAGCGGAGUGGAGGAAAAUGAAGAGCGAAGUCGCCCAGCUUAAGAAGCAGAGGCAGAAGUUGCGGAAGAAAGUUGUUGCCGAACGAGAGGAGCGCAAGAAGCUUGGGAAACUUAUUAAAGAGAAAAUUUCGUCAAUGCGGAAGCGUCAUGAUGCAGAGCUGCAGGCGCUUGGCCUUGGAAAAUCGCUCCACAGCGUUGACCCAGAAGAGACCAUGGCUGUUGAUGACUAACUGGUAACUGUAUGGAA